AUGUCCGCCGCUGUCGCCCCCGCCCCGGCUUCCCAGCCGCCCAAGCUGGAGAAGAAGCCCAUCAAGUUCUCCAACCUGCUGUUGGGCGCCGGGCUCAACAUGUUUGAGGUCACCACCCUCGGUCAGCCCCUCGAGGUCAUCAAGACCACCAUGGCCGCUCACCGCGGGGACGGCUUCACGACAGCGCUGGGCCGCAUCUGGAACCGCGGUGGUGUUCUCGGCUUCUACCAGGGCCUGAUUCCCUGGGCCUGGAUCGAAGCGUCGACUAAGGGUGCUGUGCUGCUCUUUGUCGCCUCUGAGGCCGAGUACUACGCCCGCGCUGCGGGCGCCAGCGAGUUUGGCGGCGGCAUCAUCGGCGGCGUGACGGGUGGUGUUGCUCAGGCGUACGCGACCAUGGGCUUCUGCACCUGCAUGAAGACGGUCGAGAUCACCAAACACAAGGUGGCGGCCUCGGGUGCGAAGCCCCCGGGAACCUGGGCCACCUUCAUGGACAUCUACCGUCGCGAGGGCAUCCGCGGCAUCAACAAGGGCGUCAACGCCGUCGCCAUCCGCCAGAUGACCAACUGGGGCUCGCGCUUCGGCCUGAGCCGGCUCGCCGAGCAGGGCAUCCGCAAGGUCACCCACAAGGAGCACGGCGAGAAACUGAGCGCCGCUGAGAAGAUUCUCGCCUCAGCCCUCGGUGGUGGUCUCUCGGCCUGGAACCAGCCGAUCGAGGUUAUCCGCGUCGAGAUGCAAAGCAAGAAGGACGACCCUAACCGGCCCAAGAAGAUGACGGUCGGCAACACCUUCAAGUAUAUCUACCAAACCAACGGCCUUAAGGGUCUGUACCGCGGCGUCACGCCCCGUAUUGGUCUCGGUGUCUGGCAGACGGUGUGCAUGGUCGCCAUGGGUGAUAUGGCAAAGACGUAUGUUGAGAAGCUGACCGGCGAGACGGUUACUGCAAAGCAUUAA